AUGGCCGAGGGAGAGGAGGACUUCUCCUCCCUACCAUUUGCGGACCGUUUCACUCAUAAGAACUGGAAGGUCCGGAAAGAAGGAUAUGAGGACGCCAAACAACAAUUUGAAAAGACACCGGACGAAUUUGACCCAAUCUUCUCACAAUUCCAAGAUUCCAGUUUAUGGAAGGCCGCGGUUACGGACUCGAAUGUCGCUGCACAACAGGAGGGGUUGGCCGCGUACUGUGCAUUUUUGCAAUAUGGUGGUCCUGCAGGUUGCGCGAGGACGCGCGGAUCUACGGUCUCCGGUAUUGCUGAGAAAGGUUUACCACAAACCAGGCCUGCGGCGAAAGCGAGCUCGCUCGAGGCGCUGCUCCUAUGUGUUGAAUUAGAUAAACCCGAGCCGGUGGUCGAAGAGUUGCUUCCUACACUAUCACACAAAGUGCCGAAAGUUAUAGCUGCUACCCUGGUCGGCUUGACCGGUAUUUAUCAUAAUUUCGGAUGCAAAAUUGUUGAUCCCAAACCGGUGCUGAAAGCCUUACCCAAGGUCUUCGGACAUGCCGAUAAGAACGUGCGCGCCGAAGCACAGAGCCUCACAGUAGAGCUAUAUCGAUGGCUCAGAGAAGCGAUGAAGCCCGUGUUCUGGGCUGAAUUGAAACCCGUUCAACAACAAGACUUGGACAAACUAUUUGAGGCGGUGAAACAGGAACCCCCACCAAAACAAGAACGGCUAACGCGAGCCCAACAAGCCGAAGCCGACGCUGGUGCGGGUGGUGAAGCCGAUGAAGCCGGUGGAGGAGAGGACGAAGAUAUAGACGACGAUGGUGGUGAGGUUGAUGCCUUCGAUCUCGCAGAGCCAGUCGAUGUGUUUUCUAAAAUCCCCAAAGAUUUUAGCGAACAGCUUGGUUCGUCGAAAUGGAAAGAUAGGAAAGAUGUUCUGGAUGCUCUGUACGCGGCCUUGAAUGUUCCGAAAAUCAAGGAUGGACCGUUUGAUGAAAUCGUUCGGGGCCUUGCCAAGUCCAUGAAGGACGCGAAUGUUGCAGUUGUUACUGUCGCAGCCAACUGUGUUGACCUCCUCGCCAAGGGUAUUCGAAGUGGGUUUGUUAAGUACCGUCCUACCGUCAUGUCACCAAUUAUGGAACGGUUGAAGGAAAAGAAGCAGAGCGUUUCGGAGGCCUUAGGGCAAGCUCUCGAUGCAGUCUUCAUUGCAACUAGCCUGUCAGAUUGCCUGGAAGAAAUUCUAGAGUUCGUCAAGCAUAAGAACCCCCAGGUGAAGCAGGAAACGGUGAAAUUCUUGAUCCGUUGCCUCCGCACCACUCGCGAUGUCCCCGCGAAGCCCGAAAUCAAGUCGAUAGCUGAAGCUGCUACCAAACUUCUUACCGAUUCGAGUGAAGUGAACCGUGCCGGCGGUGCCGAGAUCCUUGGUACUUUGAUGAAGAUUAUGGGUGAACGAGCAAUGGUUCCUUUCCUUGAUGGACUGGACGAUAUUCGGAAGACCAAAAUCAAGGAAUUCUUCGAAACAGCACAGGUAAAGGCAAAGGAUAGACCAAAGCCCAUUGCUCCAGCGCCCAAGGCAGCCCCUCCUUCUGCGAAGAAGGUCGUAGGGACUAAGAAGCCAUUGGGUCUGAAAAAGCCCGCCGCUGCGCCUGCACCACCUGCCGACCCACCUGCCCCUUCACCAUCAAAGCCUGCAACCAAAUCUAUUCCUUCGAAGCUAUCAAAGCCUGGCGGCGGCCUUCCGACUCCAGGCGGCGCAUUGAAGAAAAAGCUCGGUGGGCCAGGAGGGCUCGCAUCCCCCCAGCGACGUGUUGUUUCACCACCCACCGAAGAACAACCACAACAGCCUCCUGUUUCGAAGUUCGGUCUUGGAAGAGGGCUUGCAGGCCGCCCGAUUGCCAAACCGUCGGCCCCGAGUGAGGUAGCACCGGCACCGGCAGCCCCUGCAGUGAGCGGAUUGACGGCUGCAGAACGGGCCGAGCUCGAGGAACUUCGGCUUGAGAAAGAACGGUUUGCCCGCAUGACUGAAGAGUUUAAGUCCGAGAAAAUGAGACUCAACUCUCAAGUAACAGAACUUCAAAACCAAAAUGCACAGCUAAUUGAAGACCAUACCAGAGACGUUCUGAGUAUUAAGGCGAAAGAAACGCAACUUGUACGAGCACGCAGCGACGCAGAGGCUGCUGAACAAAAUGUACAAAAGCAGCAGCGAGAAAUCGAACGGCUUAAGCGUGAGCUAGCAAGAGCCCUUCGUUCUAGCGCCUUAAACUCCCCAACUGCUGCUCCGGACCAGUUUGGCAUGGCGAUGCCCGAUCCGGCCUCCAUAUACCAAGACCCUGGCAGUGAUGGCCAAGGUCCAGUGGCGCGAAGUGGCCUCCACAUGGGGCCACGGUUUGAAAGUACACGACCGCGGAGUUUUGCUUCGGCUAGUCCAAGCGAAGAGAAGGAGAAUGGCUUAGAAUCACCGGGACAAAACCGGCGGAAGUUCAGCCCUACGUUUGGAAACGCCCAUUCGGGUAUCGGCAGCCCUACACGGUCAUCACUGGUCGGGUCCGGUAGUGCUUCGGGCGAAGAACAACAGUCUACACGAAGCGGAGAGCCAGCAGAGAACUGGAAGAGAGCCGCUGAAGUCACAAGCCAGCUCAAGGCACGCAUUGAGCAAAUGAAGGCUCGACAAGGACUAACACGACCCCCUGCGCAACGUUAA